UGCUCGCGAUCCGAAGCCGAAAAAUGACGAACUUCACAAGCGCUUCUCCAGCGCAACAGUCAUCGUUCACCGUGCAACACCAGUCGUGAAAUUGCAACAUGUCACACACAUCAUGCUCCGCGACACGCUCGGCCGUCGCACCUCAGACAAUACCGAGCCCGCACUCUUCAUGACGGGCAUCCCACCAGCAAGAGGAGGCACAAUAGACGAAGCCGAUAACAAUACUUCGCAAGAAGCACCGCAACACAGCAAUGAUCUGAACGACGAUAUCUUCGGUUCGGCGCCAAGUAGCCCUGUACUUUCUGCCCAGCACGAUCACAAUGACGACAGUCCUCGCGAGAAUGCGAGAAUCGCAAGCAGCAGAGAUCAGCACCACUCCGACAUUCCUCGCCUGCGAAGCAUACACAUCACGAAUGGAUAUCGUGAAGGCAUAGCUGUUUCGAAAGAGUCCCAUAUACAAGCCGGUUUUGACGAAGGAUUUAGUCUUGGGGGCGAGAUCGGACAGAAGGCGGGGUACAUUCUGGGUGUCUUGGAAGGGAUUGUGAGAGGGUUGAAGAACGGGAAGGAGAAUGCGCAGCGAGGAGAUGGAAAAGAGGAGAUCACUGGUCUACGGGAGGAAGUAGAGGGAAUAUUCGGCGAGGCGAAGGAUGAAUUGAGAGUGGAGAAACUUUUGGGCCAGGAAUACUUUGGUGGAGAUGGGAUCUGGUUGUAUGAGGUGGAAGGCGAAGAGGGAGACGACGUCACGUUUGAGGUUGUGGCGGCGGGGCAUCCGGUCUUGAGAAGAUGGAUGGCGAAGACGAGAGAGGUGUGCGAUAGGGUUGGGUUGCGACUGGAAGGUCACGAAGGAGAAGAGGCACAGCCAUGAUGAGAAGUCAUUUUAACGUCCAAUUACGUGGAGCCUGUUUCCGGCCCUUUCUCACAACAGCGUGAGGUCUAUCGCUUGCAUUUGUCUACGUGUUUUGUACAUGCGCGCUGUACAAGUCGAUCGCAGAUCCGAUGCUAUCUUUUGACAGCGAGCAAAGGCGCCCAGACAACUUUCAGAAUCUCGUCCAAAGUUUGGCCGUACACUCUAGUACUCCCAAAUUCACUCAUGCUACUCCUCCUUUGGCACUAGACCCAAUACCUUGUCGCUCUUCAAUGUCCUGAGGUCGACGAAGUCAUCCGGGACACCUUUCUUCUUGGCCUCGCGUGACGUGCGACGUCGUCCUCCGGCAGGAGCAGAAAGUAUCUGUGCGGGCUGCUUCGAUGGGGUUGUGCCCUGAGACUGCUGUGUCGGACUGUGUGGAGCCUGACCGGCCAUCGUCAAGGGCUGAGAGUUACUGAAUAGGCCAGGUAGA